UAUAUUUUCCCUCUUCUCCCAUCCCCAAACCCAAAGUCCAAACUCGGCGUUAGUACUAGCGAUGGCCCAAGUUUAAUUAAGUUCCGAGACCCUUGGAUGGUCCACGGUGUCUGAAAGUACUCUGAACCAGCAAAGAAUGUCGUGUUGUUACAACGGAGUUUUGUUUCAUCAAUCUUCCAAACACGACUUCCGAUCCAAACACUGACCAACAAUGGCGGCCUCAUCACCAGCCCUAAGCAGCAACAGCAACGACACCACUGGUACCCCCACCUCCGCCACCGCCAUCACCACCACCACCACCACCGUCGCUGCCACCGCCGGCACCGUCACCACUCCUCCUACCACCAAUGCAUCCAAGAACCUGCGCGGCCUCAACAAACCCAAGUGCAUCAAGUGCGGCAACGUAGCUCGAUCCAGGUGCCCGUACCAGUCAUGCAAGAGUUGCUGUGCUAAAGCUCAAAAUCCAUGUCAUAUCCAUGUUUUGAAGGCCAGUGCAACUUUUCCAGAAAAAUCACCAUCUUCUAGCUCUCCUUUGUUUGACCAACAGUCAACUGAGGCAUCUCCCUCCGGGAAUUCACAUAGAGUUGCUUCACUUCGGCAACUUUCUAACAACUUUGCCCAAUUCAAUAAUCUACAAACCCCACUUAGGUCAAGGAAGCCACUGACCAGAAAGGAUGCUACAGUUAUAAACGAAUGGAGGUUUUUAAAGCUGAAGGAAUACAGGGACAGAAAUAUUGAAGCAGAAAAUGAGGCUUUCGACAGGUACAUGCAGAAUGUUCAUUUACUGGAGGAGGUGUUCAAGGUGAAUUCUACGUCAGAAGGGCCUACGAAGGAUAAGUCCUCAACAUUGAACCCUAAUCCUGUUUCUACAUCAGAAGGGCCUACGAAGGUGUUCAAGGUGAAUUCUGCGUCAGCUGGGCCUACGAAAGAUGAGUCCUCUACAUUGAACCCUAAUCCUGAUUCUACGUCAGAAGGGCCUUCGAAGGAUGAGUCCUCAACAUUUAACCCUAAUCCUGAUUCUACAUCAGAAGGGCCUACGAAGGGUGAGUCCUCAACAUUGAACCCUAAUCCUGAUUCUAUAUCAGAAGGGCCUACGAAGGAUGAGUCCUCAACAUUAAACCCUAAUCCUGAUUCUACAUCAGAAGGGCCUACGAAGGUGUUCAAGGUGAAUUCUACGUCAGAAGGUCCUACGAAGGAUGAAUCCUCAACAUUGAACUCUAAUCCUGAUUCUACGUCAGAAGGGCCUUCGAAGGACGAGUCCUCAACACUGAACCCUAAUCCUGAUUCUACAUCAGAAGGGCCUACGAAGGUGUUCAAGGUGAAUUCUAUGUCAGAAGGGCCUACGAAGGAUGAUUCCUCAACAUUGAAUCUUAAUCCUGAUCCAGUGGCAGACGGUGGUGAAACGAUGAUAUAUGGGUUGAAGUUAAAGCUAAGAUCUAACCCAGUUAGAACGGAAAACUGUAGAAAGAGGAUGCUAGAUAUCGUUGAUGACGGACUAAGGAAGCUUCGAAAACUGGAGGAAAACAAUGGUCAUAACAACCUCAAUGAGCAAGAUGAACUUAUCGAGAAGCCAAAGAUGCCAAAACCCUGGCGGGAAGAGAGGGCUUCUGCGUUUAGUGAACUUAGUGAUAAGUUGAACAAAGCCCGGAAUGAGGAUGAUCUAAAAUCUUGCUUGGAGAUGAAAUCCCAGCUCUUCAGUCCUCAAACCAAGACAAGUCAAGUGGAUUCUGAAGAUAUUGAGAUAUCUAAGCAGCAGACUGCCAACAAUGAUUCAUCUUCCAGACGACAAUCGGAUUACUCCCCAACGAAGUGGCUUACCACAACCACCAUUGAUCAAGAUGCUCUCAAUCGCAUCGAUGUGCAUUUUUCUUCCCUCGAGGAGAUAGAAGAUUUGUAAUUAGUUUUAGACAGGAUUGUAAGUUAUGUGGCCAUGUUUUAGUGUUCUGAACUGAUUAGAGGCCUGGAUAUAUCUUUAGUAUAAAGAUAGAUGGUUGAUAUCUUAGAUACCUUCUAUUGACAUUUUAAUUUUAUAUUGUAACAUUCUUAAGUUAAUAUUAAGUCUCGGCUAUUUGAUCA